GUCGUGCUGGAGCGCGUGCUGGGAAUCACGACGGCGACGAGCAGCGGCCUGGCCUGCGAUCCCGCCAGCGGGAACGUCGCGUAUCCGGCGGGGUGCGUCGUGGUCAUCCUGAACCCGCAGCGCAACACGCAGCAGCACAUCCUGAACACUUCCAGGAAAACCCUCAGCGCCGUCGCGUUCUCCCCCGACGGCAAGCUCCUAGCGACCGGAGAGCACGGGCCGCGGCCGGCCGUGCGCGUGUGGGCCGUGGCGGAGCGGGCGCCGCUGGGCGCGCGGCCGGAUUGGGAGUAUCCCGACGCCGUCGCCCUGGCCUACGAUCCGCGGCGUUCCUGGCUUUCCUGCGUCUACAGGGAUCACAGCAUCUACGUGUGGGACGUGCGGGAUAUCGGCCGCGUGCGCCGGGUCUGCUCCGAGCUUUUCCACAGCUCCUUCGUGUGGAGCGUCGAGGUUUAUCCCGACUUGGAGGAGCCAAGAUCCUGCCUGCCGCCCGGCUCCUUCCUCACGUGCUCCUCGGAUAACACCAUCCGCACGUGGAAUUUGGGAAGCCAUUCCCACCCAGGCAACGCCUACAGCACUAGCCUCCUGAACAUCGUCUACGUGGACAACAACACCCAGCACCUCCAAGAUUCCGGCGGCGCUUCCGAGCGCGGCGAAAACGGCGCCUUUGCCGACGGCAAAUCCGGCGUCCGCGUCCUCCGGAUCAGCCCGGACGGCCGAUAUUUGGCCUCGGGCGACCGCGGCGGCACCCUCAGGAUCCACGAGCUGCGCUUCAUGCGGGAAGUGGCCAAGGUGGAAGCGCACGAUUCCGAGGUGCUUUGUUUGGAAUAUUCCAAGCCGGAAACGGGUGUCGCGUUGUUGGCGUCGGCGAGCCGGGAUCGCCUGAUCCAUGUCCUGAACGUGGAUAAAAACUACCGGCUGGAGCAGACCCUGGACGACCACUCGUCCGCGAUCACAUCCGUAAAAUUCGCCGGGAAUGGCCAAGUCCAGCUCAUCAGCUGCGGCGCGGAUAAGAGCAUCUAUUUCCGGCACGCUCAAAAGGUGUCCUGCCAGGAUCGUAAUGUCCGGAUUUACGACGCCGCCAGCGGGAAGCCCAAGGGCUGCUACAAAGGCUCGCAGGGCGAGGAUGGGGCGCUCCUGAAGGUGCAGCUGGAUCCCUCGGGAACGUUCCUGGCCACGAGCUGCUCCGAUAAGAGCAUCUCCCUCCUGGACUUCCACUCGGGCGAGUGCGUGGCCAGGAUGUUCGGCCACUCCGAACUGGUCACGGGAAUGAGGUUCACCUACGACUGCAAGCGCCUCAUCACCGUCUCCGGAGACAGCUGCGUUUUCGUUUGGCACCUGGCUCCGGAAAUCACCGCGCGGAUGCGGCAGCAUCUCCUGGAGCUGGAGCAGCUCCCGCCCAAGGAAGCGGAUCCAUCCCAGCGGAGCAGGCGGGAGACGUACGUGGCCGUUCCCAGCGGGACGGGGGCCCUCGGAGAGCCCUCGGAUGAGGAAUCCGACGAGGAGGCCGCAUCCCUGCGGACUCCUUCCAAAGAGGACGCGGAGCCGGAGCCGACCUGUCUCCUGACCAACGGGAAGCUUCCCAUGUGGGCCAAGAGGCUGCUGGGAGAGGCGGAUAACGCGGAUAACGCGGCCCCGAAUUCCCGGAUGAGCUACCGGCCGCAGGGAAGGUGGGCCGAGCGUGCCGAGGAAAAUCCCAUCCGGACCCUCCUGGAAGCCGAGCUCGUUCCCUUCACUCCCAGCAAAAGCCAAUUCCAGGACGACCUGGAACCCCGGAAUCUGGAGCGGCUCCUCUCCGAGACGGAGACGUCUCCCGGGAACGUCGUGGAGGACUUGCAGCAUUCCGAGUUUUUCUCCGGAGACGACGCCAGUCGGGAGCUGGAAUCCCUCAAUGCCACCAGCUCCAGCCUGGAAGAGGAGCCGUCUUCCCAGGAUAGCUCCAUGGAAAGCAGCAGGAAUCGCCCCACGGAGCUGCCGCUGCAGCCCGUUUAUCCGACGGAUCCGGAAAACCUCGCGGAAAACUCCCCAUCCGCUGCAUCGCCGGGAAUAUCCGCGACUCACCAGGAGCCGGAAGAUGAUUCCGACGGCGACGCCGAUGCGGAAAAGGCCGCCGAGAUCCCGAAUCCCGCCGGUUCCCAGCCACAAACUCCCGAGCAGGAGAAAUUCCUUAAGCAGCACUUUGAGACGCUGGCGGAUGCCGAAGAGAAAUUCGAUGGCUCCUUGGCGGAUCUGAAGCCUCCGGAAGCCGGAGAGGAGGAAAAAUCCCUUUUCCUGAAUCCGCGUUUGAGCAUUUCCGCCCGAUUCCUCUCGCGCUGCCAGAAAAACAGCCGACUGGCGGCCGCUUUCCUGCCCCGGCCUCGGCCGGAGCCUCCGGCCGACGCUCCGGAACCCGGGAAGGACGACAUGGAAGUGGCCCAGGAGCUGGGAAAGCUGGAGGAGCUGCUGGAAGCGAAACCGCAGGAAACGGUAGGAAAAACGGAUGCGGCGCCUUGCGGAUUGUCAGAAACUCUCAGCCGGAGCUUCCAGGAGAAGCUGGAGCCGCUGCGGGCGGCAUUCCGGGAGCUGCUCCGGCUCUACGACGAGCUUUCCCAGCUCGGGAAUACGACGGAAGCGGAGCUGGAGCAGCUCCGGGCUGCCUUAACCAGGACAUUCACCUGGAUGCAGACGGAGCUGCGGCUCCGGGACGGAUCCGGGCCCCGGCUCCGGCCGCCCCGGCGCCGCCACCGGCACCGACGCUCCGAUGCCGCCGGAUGCCGAGACCCUGGCGCUGCUCCGCUCCUAUUCGGAAGCGCUGCUCCGCAUGCUGCUUUCGGAUCCUGGCUCCCAUUCCGGGAUCAGAGCCAGAGCCACCUCCUGGACUGUGACUGGAUCCAGGCUCUUUUCCAAGGUUUUCCCAAAUAA